GUGAAAUGACGGCAGGAAGUGCAUUUGUCCGAAAAGCGAAAUCCUUCGUCGCUCUUGACUUGUCAAGAAGUGAUGAAGCUGCUCUGUGGCAUAGAACGUUGGAUUCGACGGGAUCCCCAGACACGUUGUCAAACUAUGACGAAAGCGACGACGGAGGAGCCGACAAUGUGAACGUCGUCGUGAGGGUCCGCCCCAUGAACCAAAGGGAACUGGCCAACAGUGAGGAGACCUGUGUGCAGUUCCCUGGCGAAGGGCAGCUUUGGAUGGACGGUUACGGAAAGGACCCAAGGCCGAAACCUUUCACAUUCAAUGUGGUGUUCGAACCGGAUGCAACCCAAGAGGACCUCAUUGAGCACUCCGGAAUCACGAGACUAAUUGAAAUGGCUUUAGAUGGAUAUUCUUGCACCGUUUUCUGCUACGGACAAACCGGAAGUGGGAAAACUCAUACCCUGACUGGGUCACCUGGUCUGAAGAAAGACUUCUACUCGGAGGAUCACGGACUCAUGUACAGAAGCUUUGUGUACCUUUUCAAAUGCUUGGACCAGACGAAGGAGGAAGGAGUCACUUACAGCGUCAGGGCAUCGUAUCUGGAAAUUUACAAUGAACAAGUAUUGUCUCUUUCUCUCGAGCUUGCUAGAUUUAAUUCAGGCCAGGUGAAAGACCUACUAAACCCGAAUCCGUCACAACGUUCUUUGGCAGUGCGGUGGUCAAAAAGGCAGAAGCGGGGAUUUUACGUGGAAAACCUGUUCACAGUGGAGUGUGCCGAAUUGGAUGACCUGAUUGCAGUUCUCGAAGAAGGCAUAGCAAACAGACACAUCAGUGGACAUGCCAUGAAUGAGUACUCCAGCAGGAGCCACGCGAUGUUGACUGUGCAUGUCACCAGAGAAGAAAAGGAGAAUGACGAAGGAGUGUACAUCUCCAAACACGGCAAGAUCAAUUUUGUGGACUUGGCCGGCAGCGAGAAGACCAAAGAGACCCACUGCGUCGGUCAGAAAUUGGUAGAGGCCAACAACAUCAACAAAAGCCUGCUUGUCCUAGGUACUUGCAUUUCUGCGCUGAGUGAUCCCAAGAAAAGGGAUGGACACAUUCCCUUCAGAGACAGCAAGCUUACCAAGUUACUUGCUGAUUCCCUAGGGGGCAAUGGAGUUACUUUGAUGGCAAAAUCCUUGUUGACGCUUAGAUACGCUGCCAGUGCCAAGAAAAUUAAAACGAAGCCGAUUGUGAUCAUGGACCCCAGAGACAAACUCAUCUUGGUCCUGAAACGUGAGGUGACCAGUUUGCAGAAAGAAAACAACUACUUGAAAAGCCAACUCGGUCUAUCUGACACUGACAAGGUGGAAAUAGACAAGGAGUGGCUGGAAAGUAAUAAGCAGGAGGGAGAAGCAGAUAAAUCUACAAAAGGUGGGGAACGUCCGAUCAACAACAAACGGAGGAAAUCUUUGCUGACUGCGGAGAGUUUGUCUAAAAUGCCAUUACCCGAAGUAGCGACGAUGGUCUCUGGUCUGAUUGAGGAAAACGAUACCCUGAGGUCGGAGAAUCUGGAAUUGUAUUCCAUGAGAGACCAGCUCAUCAGAGACCACGAAAUGGUUUGCAAGGAAAACGAGCUGCUUCUGAGGAAAUACGAAGCAGCUGAACAAGCCAUAGCUGCAACAGAAAGACCUCAAUCGCAGCCAAAAAUAAAUGGACUCCUGAAUGGAAUGAGCUUGAGUCAAGAGAGCCUUGCUGAUAGCUUCAGAGUUCCACAACAAAGACCGAAAAAGAGCGGGGCUCGGUUUUCAAGAUCCCGUCGAGGUUCGCCGAAAAAUAAGACGUUGCCUGACAACGUCAGCAAGGAAUUGGACAGACGUCGAAUCGGCAAAAGCAAUGAGGAGCCCGACCUGAAAGCCCGGAGAAGUGCCACCAAGAGAGACCAACUGGGCGCCACAUCCCCGACAUCAACCAAGUCAGCGGAGACCCCCGGAACCAGGGCACCCAGCAGACUCAGCCUGGAGCUCCCGGCAACAGUUAUUGACCUUCCCAAAACCCCGCAAGCAGAAAAGCCCAAAAGGCUCAACUGGCUCCGUCGCAAGAAAAGCCCGAAAUGACUCGUCCUGUCAGCAUGUAAAACGCAUUGGAAAAACCUGGUUUUACCAAAUACGCAUCAGUGUCUUAAACCCCACGAGGGAAACGCAAUACAGCAACCAUUUUCUCAAUAACUCGUGGUCAGUUUUGAAAUCAACAUCCGUCGGCUAAAGGACCAGGUCGGUUCAUUUCACAAGCAAAAUCAAGCAUACAAAUGGCACAUAAUCAGAAGCCAAAAUCAGUCAACUCCUUGAAAAAUACAGGCAAAACACAAGUUCGAACUCAAAUCACAGGGCCCAACUUUCAAAACCAAGAAAAGCCGAACUUCGUCCAGUUCACAAGCCUUGAAAAUCAAGAUAAAAACGCGCUGUCGCCUUUCUUUUUUCUUUUUGGUAGAUGAAU